GGCUACUCUGAGAUGGAAGGCAGCGAUGAGGAGGACUCGCCGGAAGCACCGAAGUUACCCCUGGAGAUCCUAGUGUACGUGCUGGGCUUUCUACCAACUUCGGACAGGAAGGAAGCCUCACUCGUCUGCCGCAGCUGGUACUUUGCCAGCCAGGACUCCUGCUUUCAGAAAAAUGUCAUGUUUUGCUUUCCGGCUUCAGCCGCAUCCCUGGAACUGGUCAGGGGUCUGCAGCGAAGGUGUCGUUGCAGCCUGAUCAUCAGCCAGCUGGAUGGAUUCAGCUUGUCCAGAUCUCUGCUGAUGGAGGUGGGUUUAUGUCUUGGCUCCAGGUUGGACAGUUUAGCACUGCCUGGCAGCAGUGUGUCUGAGGCCUCCCUGCUGGCCCUCCUCCCUCGCCUCACCUCCCUCCGCAGACUCGACCUAAGAGGGCUGGACAGUCUCUUUAUGUCAGGAGCUUUCCUCUCCAGGGAGGAGCACAGACAGCAGGUCAGAUCGGCCUUAUCCGGGCUAGAAGAACUGGAUCUUUCCGACCUGCGCUACCUCUCUGACCUCACCUUCAACCGACUCACAGGAUGCACGCCACGGCUCCGCCGCCUCUCCUUGGCUGGCUGUCAUAUUGCUUUUGAGUUUGACCCAUACCGCGGAUGCCCGGUGGGAACUGUGGAAGUUUCCUCAGCACUGCUCUCGCUGAGGAAUGUGCGGAAGUUGCUGAUGGAGCAGAACACCACCAUUGUCGCCCUGGACCUCAGCAGGACCUCCAUCACCCCUGAGUCACUUCGCACGAUUGCCCAGGUUGAAGGUCUGGCCUUAGAGGAGCUGUGUCUGCAAAGCUGCAAGGAGCUGACAGACUAUUCAGUGGAGCUGCUGCUGAAGCACCAACCCAGCCUCCAGAGAUUGGACAUCAGCGGCUGCACUGAGCUGACCAGCAGGAGCGUGGUCGCCAUCGCACGAGGCCUGCGCUCGCUGACGCACUUAUCUCUGUCACGUGCCUGGAGGAUCACUGAAACAGGCCUGGCUGACCUGCUGUCGGUGUCAUCCCUGAAGAGUGUGGAUCUCUCCGAGUGUCUUCACAUCGGGGGCACAGAGAUGGUGAAGGGUUUGUCUCGCUGUGAUGCUGAGCGAGCACAGCUGGAGAAGCUCCACCUCAGGAGCUGCGCUUACGUUCGGGACGAGGCUGUUUUGGCCCUCACCCAGCUUGUAGGCAGCACCUUACGUCAGCUGGACCUGACCUCGUGUGUCAAUGUGACCGAUCUGUCGGUGCGUGCCAUCGCCUCCUACCUGCAGGGCCUGGUAGUGCUCCGCCUGGGUGGGUGCAAGGAGGUGACAGACUGGGGUCUGCUGGGCAUAGUGGAGAACAGGACAUGUGAGCUGGAUGAAGAGAAGGAGGACCACGGCCCCAGGUUCACGCGCACCUUUGGAAACAUGGGUUUCUUCAAGCCCCCCCGCUUGCCUUUUGAGGAUCGUCCCAAGCUGGUGACGCAGGACCACCUGGAGCGCUUCAAACGGGAGGCGGGAGCGUCGCUUUUAGCUCUCUCCAGGCUGCGGGAGCUCAACUUGUCCGCCUGCUGCAAGCUGACCGACAGCAGCAUCGCUCAGGUGGUGCGCUACCCAGACCUCCAACAUCUGUCACUGUCCAUGCUGCCCGAGGUCACAGACGCCAGUUUGUGGGCCGUCGCUCGUCAGUGCCGCAGCCUGACCAGCCUGGACCUCAGCCACUGUGCACACAUAAGUGACCUGGGCGUGGCACAGGCGCUCCCACACUUGCACAGACUGCAGCACUUCUACCUCGCCGCUUGCAACAUCACUGACAAGUCUUUGUUCCUGCUGACUCAGCACUGCAAGAGACUGAAAACUUUGGACGUGUCAAAGUGCAGCAGAGUCUCAGUGACCAUGGUGGACCGUCUUCACUCUCAGAUGCCCUUUUUGGAAAAUGUGCAAUACAGACUACAUAACGGCACCGAGUUCACACUCUGAUUGGACCUUCAGCUCCAAAAGUAUUUUCUGUCCUUGUGGUGGAGACCAGCUUUUAUACAGGCUGUGGCCCAAAUACAUAAAUAUUAGGGAUGUCCGAUAAUGGCUUUUUGCCGAUAUCCGAUAUUCCGAUAUUGUCCAACUCUUUAAUUACCGAUACCGAUAUCAACA